AUGUAAAGAUUAUAAUUAAUACACACCAACUUCUGCUCAAAUUAAAAAGUUGAGAUUGAAAGAUUAGAGGAAGAUUAAAUUGGAAUAAUCUAUCUAAACUCUCAAACCGAUUUAAAUUCCUUAUCAAAUCAAAUGAAGUAAGAACUAUGUGCUGCAAUAAUUGAAUUAGACUAAGAUGAUAAAAUUAAAGUAUUUUAUUUUGUGAUCAUAUCUAGGUUUUAAUCAUUCUGUCUAAAUUAAAUAAAAUAUUCUGUGCUGGAGCAAAUAUUAAAGAACUUAGUGAUUGCUCAUAUUAAUCUUAACAAGUUUCAGACAUCUUUCAUUAGAUAUAUACAGUUUUUGAUUCAUUAAGAAAACCCUUAAUAAUUGGUGUUAAUGGAGCAGCUUUAGGAGGAGGUUUUGAAUUGGCCUUAAAUGGGGAUAUUAUAAUUGCUUCUGAAGAUGCAAAAUUUGGGUUACCUGAAUUAAAAUUAGGAGUUAUUCCAGGAAUUGGUGGAACUUAAAGAUUAACACAACUUGUAGGUAAAACAACUGCUAUGAAAUAUAUCUUAACUUCAGAUUUAAUCACAUCCUAGGAGGCCUUAAAUAGAGGAAUUGUAACAAAUGUUGUCAAAAAAGAACAUUUACGAGAUGAAUGUAUAAAAAUUGCUAAAAGGAUAAGUGAAAAAUCUUUAUAUACUUUGAUCGUUGCUAAAACAGCUAUUAAGAAUGCAGAAGAAUUACCAGUUAGUUAAGCUAACAAAGUUGAAAGACAAUUAUUUAAUAGUUUACUCAACACAUAAGCUGCUAAGGAAGGAGUUUAAGCCUUUAUUUAAAAGAGACCUCCUAAUUUUAAAAAUAUUUGA